UCACUUGUUCUGCAUUUUUCGUCUCUGUUUCUUAAUUCAUUCUACAAUGAGUAGAUACUAUUCACUUGAACACAACACUCAUGCGAUCCCUCCUAAUGAUACCAUCCACUGUCAUACUAUUGGGUGCAGAAGGCAAGUUGCAUCCUUCAGAAAUUAUAUUCAGAAGACUCUAUCAGGAGGACUAGGGCUCUUUGAUCGGCUGAUUAAUGUUCGUGUAGCAAACACCGUGAAGAAUCCUUUUGGAACUACAGUAGCCAGAACUCACUGUAGACUAUGUGAUAAGAUGAUCGGAUGGAAAAUUAUUGCAGUCACCUGGCCGUCCAGGUAUAUUAAAGAAAGAAGAUUCAUUAUGAGAUUGGACCAGCUUAGUUUUUCAAAUAAUGAAACGAUGAUUCAUACAAUCGAGCAACAAAAAGUCCGCGCUGAGGGAUAUGGAGACUCUACUGGAGAAGAAAUGAGCACUAAUAUUGAUCAAGAUGGAGGCCUAGAUAAUGAUAUUUGUAAUUACUUGAGGCAUCUCCUCCGUCGUGAUCAAGAUGGAUACCUCAAUGAGCAAAUUGUUAAUCAAGUUGUAGGAGCUAAUGAGCAAAAUGUUGAUCAACAUGGAGGCGAUAAGGAACAGAAUCAUGAUAAAGAUGGAGGAGCUAAUGAGCAAAAUGUUGAUAAAGAUGGAGGCGCUAAUGAGCAAUUUCUUGAUAAAGAUGGAGGCGCUAAUAAUGAGGAAAAUGCUGAUCAAUAUGAAGGCUAAAGAAGUUUGUUAUCUUCUUUGAAUAGGCAAAAUUAUUUUCAAUUUGGGUUUCACGGGCGUAGAAAAUAAAAAUGGUGUUUACUUUUUGCUGCAAAAUUUGAAGUUUUAUCAUCAUCAUAGCAUCCUGGAUUUUUCUAUGAAAUUUUGGAUUUUGAUUAUUUCAUCUUGUAAGAAGCAAUGAAUUGUUAACCUUGGUUAA